ACUCUGAGAAAUGUCCCGAGAAUUAUCCCGUAUGGUUAUUACGAAAUUCGCGUCGCUCAGGCGGCCUUAGUGCUUAGUUUUAUUGUGUCAGUCCGGCAUAAUAACCCGUUAAGCCGGAGACACCGGUCGCGCGCACCAUCACUACAUUUUCCCGCCGAAAUUAUGGUGGGAAAAGAAACUUUUUAAAAGUUCCACAAAUUGACAGUUUUGAAAUCAACUAUUUGUGUCUUGAACAUUGUGUUUGUGGGAGAUGUGUUAUUAAAAAUAUUGUGCUAAAAUCAGAUCUCUGACGCAUCAUGCACAAGAAAUCUCAUAAGAAAAAGCAAAAGAAGAGGGGGAGAGGAGAUGGAGGUCGGAACAAGGAGAAUGUCAUCGAUGACGUGCAGUCUGAUGCUGAGGGGGAGCAGGGAGAUGCGCAGGAGCAGAUAUCGCCGGAAAAGCUUUGUUACGAAGUCAAACACUCCGAUGUGAUGGGCAGAUAUCUGGUGGCAACCCGCGACAUCCGCCCUGGUGAAGUCAUCAUAGAGGAACCAGCACUGGCUGUGGGGCCCUGCAGUGGCUGUGCUCUCAUCUGCCUGGGUUGCUACAGAGAGUUAGACGAAACCAACUUCGUUAAAUGCCAAGGCUGCAAAUGGCCGAUGUGCAGCAGCUCGUGUCCAGGCAGAGGCAAGUACACGGGACACUCGACGUACGAGUGCGACACUUUGAAAGGCAUUCCCCCGGACUACCCCAAGAUGGAUGACUUAAAAGAUUCCUACCAAGCUCUUAUGCCCUUAAGAUGUCUCUUACUAAAGAAAGCGGACCCAAUGAAGUGGGCGAAGGUGUGGGCGAUGGAGGCUCACAACGAGAUGCGGCGGCAGAGAGGGGACAUCUACCCCAACAACGAGAAGCAUGUCGUACAACGACUGAAGAAGUGGGGGUUGGAAUAUGACCCUGACGAGGUGCAUACCGUCUGCGGGAUCUUGGAGGUAAACGCAUUCGAAGUGGGCGGCAGCGGCGCAAACGCGCGCGCUCUGUACGACCGUGCGUACCUGCUGGCGCACGAUUGCACCCCCUCUACUACUCACACGGACGCUGAAAAGGUUCCUGGUAGACCGCUCGUCAUCAGAGCUUCCGUUGCACAUAAGGCUGGGGAUCUGAUCUCGCUCUGCUAUGCGUAUACGCUUCAGGGCACCUUACGGCGACGGCAGCACAUCAAACUGAGCAAGUUCUUCGACUGUUGCUGCAAGCGGUGUUCAGACCCUACGGAACUGGGAACCUACGCCAGUGCCUUCUGUUGUCCUAAGUGUGGUGGCAGGGUGUUACCAGCAGCGCCCCUAGACCAAAACGCGUCUUGGAACUGCAUCGAUAAUGGAUGUGGUUAUACCAUGCCACCUGUGGCCGUACAAAUGUUGCUGAAGAGACUAACAGAUGAAUUCGACGCAGUGGAUGCCAGUGAUGUCGAAGGUUUCGAAAACUUUCUCCAUAAAUAUCGGAACGUCCUCCACUCCAGCCACUACCUCUGUCUGUCUGCCAAGCACUCGCUCAGUCAACUCUACGGCAAGGUGGAGAACUACAUGAUACAUGAGAUGCCCGAGUCGGAGCUGCACAGGAAGAUAGACAUCUGCAGAGACCUGAUGAAGGUGUUCGAUGUCAUCGAGCCCGGGUACUCCAGGCUACGAGGAGUGACUCUGUACGAAUUGCACGCUCCACUGAUGAUACUCACCACCAGAGACUUUGAGAAGAAAGCCAUCUCCAAGGAGAACUUGAGAAGUCGGCUCAAAGAGAUUGUGAGUUAUCUGUCGCAGUCGGCGUUAAUCCUGGGUUUCGAGCCGGUAAAUUCUUCCGAAGGUCUAAUGGCAACAGCUGCCAAAGAUGCUCUCAAGAAAAUCAAGACUUGGGAACAAAUUAUUGGCAAGAUCUCAUGAAGCCUAUCAACAGUAGUCGAAUUUAUGUCAUACAAGUGCUUUCAACUGUUAGGUACUUUUGUUUGAUGAUCAGAGAAGCUAGAUUUUUGAAGGUGAUAAUAAUUUAGAUGUUUCGGUAGAGGUUCAACGUGAUUCUAGUCCUAACGAAAGUAGUAUUUGCGCUAAUAGAGUAAUAUUUUUAUAUAAAAUUGACAUUGUUAUUUGUGAUUGUAAUUGUUACGUCUAUUUAUAUUGUUGAACCAAAAAUUGGUUACGUGUACCUUUCAAACUUAAUGUGAUGUUUAAACUUAACUAAUAAGCAUUAUCUCUUACUAUUUAUAUUUAAUUAAGUACUUUGUAAUUUCCUUUCUGACUGUUGUACACCUUUCUGACUGAAGUACCUAAUCGCGAAAUAUUUAUAAUCUAUUUUUGUUAAGUGUUUUAAAUCUUUAUGAAUCUAUUUAUUCAUUCCUUCUACUAAAAGACAUUUAACUAUUUGUGUGUUCUAUUUAUUCUCUCUCAAAUCAUGUAGAUACUAAUUCUGGCAUUUUAAAUAAAGAUAUAUUUUGUUA